AUGAAGGUCUUGGCUCUGAAAUUGGUUCUAGUAUACUCAGUUUUCAUUGCAAUGUUCAUUUUCAGUUGCAGCUCUAUGCGUUUGAGCCAUUCUCUUACCACGGGACUCGACGGGAAUGAGACGGAUAGGCUUGCAUUGCUAGCCAUCAAAGCUAACAUACAGCACGAUCCCAACCUGGUCACGAGCUCAUGGAACGAGUCCAUUCACUUCUGCUUGUGGCACGGCAUCACCUGCAGUCGAAAGCAUCAUCAAAGGGUCACCAUGCUGGACCUCAACUCCCAGGGCUUGGCCGGCUCCAUACCUCCACACAUAGGAAAUCUAAGCUAUCUAAGGUACCUCUUCCUCUACAACAAUAGCUUCACUCAUCAAAUUCCUCCAGAAAUAGGGCGUUUGCAUAGGUUGCAACAAUUAUCUCUAGUGAAUAACUCAUUUACUGGCCAUAUUCCUGCCAACAUAUCAAAUUGCUUCAACCUCACAUUUCUGACUUUGGCUAAUAACAAACUUGAGGGUGAAAUUCCUUCCGAACUUGGUUUCUUGUCUAAACUUCAAAUACUUGCUUUACAAGAUAACAAUCUUACCGGAGAGAUCCCUCCUUCCUUUGGGAACCUUUCAUCUCUUGAGGUACUUUCUGCAGUUAGUGACAACUUGGUGGGAAGCAUACCCAGUUCCUUUGGCCGGUUGAAAAAAUUAACCUUUCUUUCAUUUGGAAUAAAUAUGUUGUCCGGUACCAUCCCUCCCUCAUUUUAUAACAUGUCUGCCAUUGUUACUUGUGACUUUGGGGACAACCGAAUUCAAGCGAGUCUUCCCUCAGACUUCAGUGAUGCUUUUCCAAACCUUGAGGUCUUCCGCUUUGAUAGUAAUGAACUUACAGGGGGCAUCCCUUUGUCAAUAUCCAAUGCAACAAGUCUAGUGUUAUUUGAUGUUGGAGACAAUAGUCUAACAGGACAAGUGCCCAGUAUGGGGAAGCUUAGUAAUCUCAUGGUUUUCUCCAUCGCAGAUAAUUACCUUGGAAGUGGUAAACAGGAUGAGUUAAGAUUCAUCUCACAGUUGAUCAAUGCAACGCAGUUAAAUUGGUUGAUUUUAGGAUACAAUAAUUUUGGGGGGACAUUGCCCACAUCUAUAUCUAACCUCUCAACCAAUCUUGAAAUUCUUUGGGUUUCACAAAACAAAUUACAUGGGAGCAUCCCAACUGGGUUAGGAAAUCUUGUCAACUUGCAAUCACUGUUUAUGGGAGAAAACUCUUUCACGGGCAGCAUCCCCAACAUUGGAAAGCUUUCAAAGCUUGUGGAGUUGAGUUUUCCAAACAACAAAUUAUCGGGGCGAAUUCCAUCUACUCUUGGCAAUCUGACCAUGCUAAUCACUCUCGAAUUGCAAGGAAAUAUUCUUAAUGGCAGCACCCCUUCAAGCCUUGCAGAAUGCCACAGCUUGCUCACGUUGGAUCUUUCUCGAAAUAACCUAGAUGGCACAAUAACACAACAACUACUUAAUGGUCUCAUCUCCCUGUCAAUUUCUCUGAACUUGUCGAAUAACCAGUUUUCUGGUUCCCUUCCUCCGGAGAUAGGAAAGUUGAAGAAUCUUGGUGCACUUGAUAUAUCUGAUAACUUGCUAUCCGGGCAACUUACUAGUAGCCUCGGUAGUUGUGAAAGUCUAGAGAUACUACACUUGCAAGGCAACUUCUUCAAUGGGGUCAUUCCUUCAUCUUUUAACAACUUGAGAGCCCUCCGUGAUUUAGACCUCUCUCGGAAUAAUUUGUCUGGAGAAGUUCCACAGUUUUUCGAGCGUUUUGGAAACUUGGAGAAUCUAAACCUAUCCUUUAAUCAGUUUUGGGGAGCAGUACCAACUGGUGGUUUUUUUAAGAAUGCAAGUGUGACUUCAGUUGCUGGAAACACAAGACUCUGCGGCGGUAUUGGUAAUCUUCAACUUUCUAUGUGCAAGUCCAAUGUGUCUAAAGGAGGAGGGCUAUCUCGUAUAAUGAAACUCAUGAUCUCUUUAGUUUCUGGGUUCACUCUUUUGGGACUAGUUGUAGUGCUAUCUCUUUUUCUUCGUCGUAAGAAAAAGAAAGCAAGUGAAUUAAGCACUUUGGGGAACUCUGUUUUGCAAGUUUCAUAUGCUGCUAUUAUAAAAGCUACUGACGAGUUCUCUUCAUCUAAUUUGAUUGGUGUCGGUGCUUUCGGGUCUGUGUACAAAGGAAUUCUUCCUGGAGAUAGCGUUACUGUCGCUGUGAAGGUGUUUAACAUGUUACAUAGGGGAGCUUCUAAGAGUUUCAUCUCUGAAUGUGAGGCGUUGAGAAACAUUAGACAUCGAAAUCUGGUCAAGAUAGUAACUGCAUGCUCAAGUACUGAUUUCAGUGGCAAUGAUUUUAAGGCUCUUAUUUUUGAGUUCAUGGACAAUGGGAGCUUAGAGGACUGGUUGCAUCCAUCCACUGGAAAUGAAGAGGUGACGGUAGUUCCCAAAAGUUUAAGUCUUGUUCAGAGGCUUGACAUUGCCAUUGAUGUUGCUAGUGCAUUAGAUUAUCUUCACAACAAUUGCGAAACACCGAUUGUUCAUUGUGAUCUCAAGCCAAGUAAUGUUCUUUUGGAUAGUGACAUGACUGGACAUGUUUCCGACUUUGGGCUGUCAAGGUUUCUUGGAGAAACAACCACUAAUGUUUCUGGAAAUCAAUCAAGCUCCAUUGGAAUUAGAGGAUCCGUUGGUUAUGCUGCCCCUGAGUAUGGUAUGGGAAGUGAGGUAUCUGCAUAUGGGGAUGUCUACAGCUUUGGCAUUCUUUUGUUAGAAAUGUUUACUGGAAAAAGACCCACUGAUCACUUUUUUAGUGAUGGCAUGAAUCUGCAUACUUAUGUGAAGACGGCUCUCCCUGAACGUGUUCCAGAGAUUUCAGAAUCAAUAAUCCUUGUAGAAAGCACCACCAAUGUCACUGAUGAAACUCGCAGCCAAUUGACUGCUGCUAAAGCACAGAAAAUAAAGGAGUGCUUGACUUUGAUAUUUGGAAUUGGGAUUUGGAUGAAGAAAUUUCUCCAGUCUAGAUUACCUAUGGUGCUCUCUUCGUUGUUUCUUUGUUUCAGAGGAAAGAGUAACGGAAGAACAGAAUCGAACUAUGCGGACUUCAUAAGAGUAUCAUAUAUUACUCUUUCAGAAGCAACCGAUAGUUUCUCUUCAGAGAAUUUGGUUGGUGUUGGUAGUUUUGGGUCUGUGUAUAAAGUAGUUCUUGUCAUGCCAUCCCAUGGAGCUCAACUUGUUGCUGUGAAGGUGUUUAAGAUAUCACGAUGGGGAGCUUCUAAUAGUUUUAUCGCCGAAUGUGAGAUGUUUAGAAAUAUCCGGCAUCGCAACAUCGUUAAGAUUGUAACAACAUGUUCAAGUGUUGAUUUUCAUGGUAAUGAUUUCAAAGCUCUGGUUUAUGAGUUCAUGGAGAAUGGAAGUUUAGAAGAGUGGUUGCAUCCAAAACAUGGAGCACAAAACCAGCCCAAGAAUUUGAAUCUUCUCCGCAGGCUAGACAUUGCCAUUGAUGUUGCUUGUGCACUAGAUUAUCUCCACAAUCAUUGCGAAACACUGGUAGUUCAUUGUGAUCUCAAGCCGGCCAAUGUUCUUUUAGACGACGAGUUAAAUGGACGUGUUUCCGACUUUGGAUUGGCGAGAUUUCUCUCGAAAACCAAUAAGGUUGCUGCCAAUCAAUCGAGUUCAAGAGGAUCUGUUGGCUAUAUUGCGCCAGAGUACAAAAAGGGAAGUGAGGCAUCAACAUAUGGGGAUGUCUAUAGCUUUGGAAUUCUACUGUUAGAGAUGUUUACAGGAAAGAAGCCCAGUGACCACAUGUUUAGAGACGACUGGAAUCUGCGUACUUACGUUGAGAUGGCUUUAUUUGAGGGAUCAGUUAUAGAGAUUGCAGAUUCAAGACUAUUUCUUCAAGAAGACAACAAUGAUUCUCCCACUAAAUAUUGUGCUAGGGUCUCAUCUGAUGUUGACGAGUGCUGCUUGAGCUUGAUAUUUGGAAUUGGAAUUCUGUGUUCCAGUAAGUCCCCGAAAGACAGAAAGGACAUGGGUUAUGUGGUAACAGAACUGCAAUCCACUAGGAACGUUUUGAUGAACGUAUCGAGUAAGAUUUAUCGAAUCGACCCCCUCAGGCCUCCUCAUUCUGAUUGGGUGAAGGUUAACACUGAUGGUGUUUGGCGCAAAGGUUUAGGUGUUAGUGGUUAUGGUGGUGUCUUCAGAAAUCAUAAAGGCCGCUUUAUGGGAGCUUUCUCUUCUUCUCUUGAUAUUCCUAGCUCUGUUGCAGCAAAAGUAAUGGCAGUUAUUAAGGCGAUUGAGUUUGCUUGGAUAAGUGAUUGGAAAUAUGUUUGGUUAGAGGUGGACUCUCAAAUUAUUCUCGAUCUUCUUCGUUCUCCCAUGUUAGCUCCUUUGCAGCUGCAUGUGUUGUGGAAGAACUGUCUAUACCGGAUAUCAAUGAUGGAUUUUCGUUGCUCUCAUAUAUAUAGGGAGGGAAAUCAAAUAGCUAAUGCUCUUGCAAGUUUCGGCACCUCAUCUUCUGGAGUGGAUGCUGGAUUAGGAGUGGAUGCUGGAUUAGGAGUGGAUGCUGGAUUAGGAGCAUAA